AUGCGGGAGCAAAAGAGGAGGUUCGAAGAAGACAUGAAGCUACUAGACAUGCAGCAUGAGAAGGAGAAGUUAGAGAUGGACCGAAUUGCGAAGGACCUCGCUAAAGCUGGCAUAUCUGGCCCUGUCAGUGAGCCUACGACCCCUCCCGAGUAUCGUGAAAACAGCUUCUCAAGUGGGUUCACACGACCUACUCGCUUCUCAACUUCAUCUGUCACCUCAUCCCCUGGUUUCUUCAAUGUAUUUGCCCCUUCUCAGGCAACAACGCCGCAGGGCCAGGUGAAUCCUUCUGCUGCACAGACUCCUACCAACCGCUUCUCGGUGCACUCUGUUCCUGGUUCUCGCAGAAACUCCGAGAAAGAAGAUUUCGGUCAAGAACCUACAUCUCCUUUCCGUCCUGGGCCUGCGUAA